AUGGAAACUCAGCGGUGGCGGCAGCAGCGGCGGCUCCGGGAGGUGACCGGGCCCGUCCCGCACUCCGUGGCGCUGGUGAGGUGCUUGGGGGGUCGCACCAGCCCGGUGCCGGUUGCCGCACGGCUUUCCGAGAGGAGGCGGGAGUGCUGUGAGACGGGGCUCCCGGGGGAGCUGGGGGCCUCGGCAGGACUCGCUGCCGAGGAUGGGUCCCCGGGGAAGCUGGCUGACUGUCCCCGCGCGAGGCGAGGCUGUUGCUUUGCGGGUACGUGGGCGAAGCGGGGGCGAUGCAGAGCUAAGCCUCCUAAAGAGCAAACAAGUCUAAAUCGUGCCUUGGCUCGCAGGCAGAAAGAACAGGAACUCCUUGAAAGUCCUCACUUCUUAAAACUGCACAACCACUAUCGCAACGUCCACGAGUGGCACCGACGCAAUGAAGAGAAAUGGCUGCACAGUGUUGUGCAGAGAAAGGUGGAUGCGACAAUGCAGGAGUAUCUGGCAGCAACUGAUAAGAGACGAGAGAGGCUUCGUGAGCUCCUGGAGGCAGAGGAAAGCAGCUACUUUGCUGAGCUGGAGGCACUUGAAGAAACAGUGGAGGAGAAGCAAGCAAAGAUGAAGGAGCGAGCAAAAUUACUGAGAGAAAAGAGAGAAAACGAAAGGCAACAACUGGUGGCUGAAAAAAGAGAGCAGCAAUUCAGAGAACAGUGCGAGGAGCUCCGUGUGCAGUGGAUGAAGAAGCAUCAGAAGGAAUUGUGUGAAGACUGGCUGGCCCAGCUAGCACUGAAGGAGGAACUGAAAAAGCAACAGAGGAAGGAGGAGCAGAUCUUUGCAGAGCUCUGGAAGGAGGAUAGGUUGGCUAAGGAGAAGCGAGAGGAGGAGGAGAUGCAGAAGUCAGCUGCACGGAGUGGGGAAAUCCUGAAUGUGCUCAGUGCGCAGGUAGCGGUGCUCAGCGCUCAGAGAGAGGAGGCGAAGUGGAUGAAGGAAGAAGAGGCUCGACUGCUGGAAGAACAGCAGCAACUGCUGAAGCUAGAAAAUGAACAACUUCAGAAGGAGAAACUAGAGAAACAGAAGGAAUGCAGGGAAAUGCUGCUCAGCGCAGCGCAGGACAAGAAGAGUCGUCUUAAUGAAGAAAAACAAAUGGAACUUGCCCUUGAGAUGCAGAUCUUAGAAAAAUGUCUUCAGGAAACCCAGGAGGGCACUGAGGAAAAAACAAAAAGAAAACAAGAGCUGUUGAAGGAGGAACAGACUUACCUGGCACACCUGGCUCAACAGCAGGAGGAGGAGAAACAGCAAGAAAAAGAAGUAAACAAGCACUUUGAUGAAGAGAUGGCAAAAGUUUGGGCCAAGAAGGCCGAACAAAUGCGAUUAGAAAAGGAGGCUAGGAAGCAGCUACUGAAAGAUGUCCUGAGUACCAGGCAACUGCAGAUUGAGGAGAAGUCGCGGAGAAAUGCGAAGGAGCAGGAAGAACUCGCUCAAGAGAGGAAGUUGUUAGCUGAAGCAAUCACAGAACUCAAGCACACAGAAGAAGAAAAACUUGCAAGAAAAGUAAAUGAAGCAAAAGAAUACCAAGAGCAGCUCAGAGUGCAAAUUGCCCAUCGACAACAGGCCCACAAAGCUGAGGAAGCAGAGAAGCAGCGAGAAUACGAAUCGAGUCUUGCAGCAGAGAGAGCUUACCAAAAAAGGGUACAGGAUAUCCUAUCAAAGCCCUGUGAGAAAUUAGCAAAGACACACCCUUUAAGAAGAAACCUAAUGUCUAACUCUCUAGGAAAUAGUUUAUAA